GUUAUUUUACCAGCUCGGUAGCCAAUGUUAUUUAAAUUAAUUAUUUUACGCGAAAUAAUCAAUAACUUACACGUUUAAUGUCAAUAGAGCCCCUAAAUAUUUUAAUAAAUUCUUCUGCUCUUAAUUCUUAUGUAACUAGGGUAAUUUAUUGUAAUAUUCUGUGUGCUGUCAGCUGCUCACAGUAACCUUUCGUCAUUGCGAGCGAGUAAUUACGCCUAAUUAGUUGAUAUAAAGUAUAACAGCAACAGUGAACAGCAUGGCGAAGGAAGAAGACGAUGAUUUGCCUGAUAAGGAUGCGGCGAAGGAGUUCUACGCAAAAUAUGAGCCCAAGGAAAUCAUAGGCAGGGGCAUCAGCUCAACCGUCCGAAGAUGUGUAGAGAAGGAGACAGGGCGGGAGUAUGCCGCCAAAAUCAUAGACCUCAGUCAGGAGUCCAUGGACGGAGUAGACACACACACCAUGAGAGACGCCACGAAGCAGGAGAUACAUAUCCUGCGGAUGGUUGCUGGUCACCCUUAUAUUAUUGAACUGCAGGAUGUGUUUGAGUCGGAAACAUUCAUCUUCUUAGUAUUUGAGCUGUGCAAGAAUGGAGAACUGUUCGACUACUUGACUUCGGUGGUGACACUCUCCGAGAAGAAAACUAGAUAUAUUAUGAGACAAGUCUUAGAAGGUGUUCGGUAUGUGCACAGCAAGAACAUAGUGCACAGAGACUUGAAACCCGAAAACAUCUUACUAGAUGACCAGCUCAACGUCAAAAUCACUGACUUCGGCUUCGCAAAAGUUCUUAAAGAAGGAGAAAAACUGUUCGAGCUGUGCGGUACACCUGGUUACCUGGCGCCCGAGACGCUGAAAGCGAACAUGUUCGAGGACGCCCCCGGUUACGGAAUGGAGGUCGACAUUUGGGCGUGCGGAGUUAUAAUGUUCACAUUAUUAGUGGGCUGCCCGCCAUUUUGGCACCGGAAGCAGAUGGUGAUGCUGCGAAACAUCAUGGAGGGAAAAUACUCCUUCACAAGUCCCGAGUGGGCGGAUAUAUCAGAUGAUCCUAAGGAUCUGAUCAGGAGGCUAUUAGUAGUAGAGCCAAGCCAGAGGCUGCCCAUCGAAGACGCCCUCAGCCAUUCGUUCUUCAACACAGUGCUCUGGGACCAGGACAUGACGCCGCUCAAGAAGUCGCUCUCGAGCUCCAGCCGCCGGAUGUCCAGGAUCGAACUCAUUGCUAUGGCAAAGAAGCAGGGGACCUUCAACGCGCGAGCCAAGCUACGUACGGGCCUUAUGGCGGUCCGCGCGGCCAUACGCCUGAGAAGACUGCCGCACACCGCCACGCGGGCCGUGUCGCUACAUGCGGCGCUGGGAGAUCCCUACACUAUGCGUGCUUUGAGGAAGGUGAUCGACGGCUGCGCCUUCCGAGUGUACGGGCACUGGGUGAAGAAGGGCGAGGGCCAGAACCGAGCCGCGCUGUUCGAGAACAUGCCCAAGACGGAGCUCAAGAGUCUAUACGUCAGCAAUCUCAGCCGAUAGCGAGAAUAAUACUGCUCAUAUGCUGACAGGUUUAGUAAAGAUACCAGGGUAAAGCUUCAGUCUCUUCCCGCCGAGUCGCACGACGUAGUACCUAUAGGUAUGCUGCACGCAGGAUAAACUACCCUUAGCUGUAAUAUGUGACAACUAUUUCAGUUAAAAGUCUAGUAAUGUGACUCAAAGUUUGCCGAUUCACUACUGUGCCAGUCAACGGGCAGUUUACCCUACCCUAGUUCAAUUGAAACGCCGUAUUAUUGAGAACUUGAUAAAGUAGGACUUGAAUUGAGAUUUGGCUUAGUUUUUGAUUGUAGUUCACAGUUUAUUUGGAUUGUCGCCUAUUCUGUAACGAUGCAUCCACACAUACAGGUGAAUUCACAAGAGCUGGCACGAAUUGAACGAAUGGUGAGUGAAUGAAAAUGUCUAUUGUCUAUGACAGAUCAUUCAAUAAAAUGGCUCUUGACCAGACAUCGGAUUCCGUGGGGCGAAACUUCUUGAUAGCUAGGGACUUCCUAUAUCGAUAAACUCAUUU